CUGGUUGUUGAAUACACUGGUGAAGUUAUUGAUCUGGACGAAGUGGAGCAUAGGCUAAACACUUUCUAUAAAGAUGUUGAAAACUACUAUUUUCUUGGUUUAGAAGGUAACUAUGUUAUUGAUGCUGGUCAAAAAGGUUCUGUUGCCAGAUUUGCUAAUCAUUCUUGUGAUCCAAAUUCUGAAAUGCAAAAAUGGUAUGUUAACAAUGAACCAAGAAUCGGGCUGUUUGCUAAAAGACCAAUUGAAGCUGGUGAAGAAGUUACUUAUGAUUAUAAUUUUGAAUGGUUCGAAAAUGCAGAACCUCAAAAAUGUUAUUGUGGCUCUAAAAUCUGUCGUGGUUUUAUU